AUGCCAUCUCAACCAACAAUAUUCUCCCUCUUCCCUUCCUUGGCACCCGAGCUCAGAAUAAAGAUAUGGCAACACGCCUGCCAACCACGCACCAUCACCGUCCGCUACGACUCGGAGCGCGACAAGUGCCUCUCGUGCUCAACACCGCCCGCCCUCCUCCACGCGACCCACGAAUCCCGAGUCGAAGCCCAGAAACAAUACAAGCUAUGUUUCGGCACCGCCCACCAUCCAGCACGCAUAUACUUCAAUCCCUACCACGACACACUCUACCUCCCCCGACACAGGGAAAUGGGUUACGACGAGACGUUACGGGACUUCAAAACCAUUGUGAAAGACGAAGACGGCUUGCUGGACGAGGUCCGCAGGUUGGCCAUCGAGCAUGUAGACGCGGCCGUCAAGCGGCCCUGGGAAUCCUACAACAAAGCCUCGCUGCUGCGCGGAUUCCAGAACCUGCAAGAAAUUGUCCUCGUCCUACUCACGGCCAAAGACACCGAGACUGAGCGCGAGAAUGUCGUUCCGGACGAGAUAGUGGCGUUUGCCGAGCCCAAGGGCGACAUGGAGGUGCUGUUGCGCAUGUGGAUUGAUUUCCAGCAGAGUGUUGUCAUGGAGGAGAAGCUGCUGGAGAGUGUGUGUAGAGAAAUGGGCAAGGAGUAUGAGGCGUGGAGUUUGCCUUCUGUGAGGAUUAGGUCCAAGGUGAGGAGGGAGGAGGCUGGGUCGCGGUGA